CAUGCGCAGUCUGUUUUGUUGUUAUGAGUCGUCGCGUAAUCUCUGCAGUCGGAAAUGCCUUGACGUAAAAUUCACCGCAAAGAAGUGAAAUCGAGCGAAAUGUGUCAUCUUCCGCCACGUUUUUCGACGCUCCCAUUCCAGAAAACGACGUACACCAGCGUAGUCACCUGAUGAUGUGACUAAUGUGUCGUCUGAGGGCUCCGUAGCCAUGUUUAUAUGCGAGACAACGGUUGUUCCCCUCUGUUCUUCUGUUCCUAAGACACAUCUUCGAAAUGUUCUCGUCAUGAGAAGAUAAGGCAGGAGAAUCUGACGGGAGCCAUGUCGUGCUGCGCUACGAGGGCGUUGAUUUUGACCGUCUGCAUAAUUCAGCUGGUGCUCACAUUCCAGAGGCAGGUCUUUGACUUUCUCGGGUAUAUGUGGGCGCCCAUCCUGGGCAACUUCUUCCAGAUAGUCUUCGUCAUACUCGGAUUCUUCGGGACCUACCACUACCGAACAAGAUACAUCGCCUCUUACUUGGCGUGGUCUCUCGUCUGGAUAGGAUGGAACGUUUUCAUCAUCUGUUUUUACUUGGAAGUUGGUGCGUUGAGCAGGGACUCGAGCAUCUUGAACAUUGGCACAGGAAGCCGUAGCUGGUGGGAGGCUAAUGGCUUUGGCUGCAAAGCCACCUUCAACUUCUCUUCCUCCAACGACAUCCUUGCCAUCACAAAACCCGUCUCCGUUGAGGGCUGCCUGCUCAACUAUUUCUACGUAGAGUGCAUCCAAGCCGGUGUCCAGUGUUUCCUAGCGUUUAUUGGCUUUGUGGGUGGAUGCUACGUCAUCUACCUGUAUAACCAAGAGGACGAUUCCUCUGCACGGAAAAAAAGAACGACCCAAAUCCCCCCGUAUAGCAUCGAGUUCCGUGCCACGCCGGCUACCGCGGUGCCCGAUCCCUUGCGGCCCAUGACGCCGCGGCGGGUCAAGCGGCGGUCGACGCGCUCCAAGCGGAGUAGCCAGCGCUACAAGAACCCCGUCACGCGGCUGAUGGACCGGUCGCUGGACACGUCCAGCAACGACAGCUACGCCCACCUCGGCGGACAGUGCAACCCGGUCUACGGUGGGUCCCGGUCCAGCCUCCACUCCCUGUACGGCAAGGCGAACCCAAACAUGAACCCCGCGGGAGGACGUCUUCCUUCUUCGCGGGGUCCCCCGGUCUACAUGAACAGUUCAGAGACUGUCAUUUGAGGGAGGUGUGUGUGUGUGGUGCAUUCUUUGUGUCCGCAUUGGCAACUAUGGUGGUGUGCCAAACUGAUGCCACGUCGUCGCACGCAUGGCGGACCUUCAUCAACCAUCAGGUGGGACUGUGUUGAGAAAGGUAUUGGUGCGGUCGUGCUGGACCAGUUUGCAUCCGGCCUGCUCAUCUUCGAUGCAGGGUUCUACUUUCAUCGAAAUUAACUGGGAGGAUCGUGUCACGAAGCAGCCGUAUUUAUUAGCGAUGCCACGAUAGUUGAUCCGUAGCUACGAACCCAUACAAUCACAUUGACGGUCCCUGUGUUUCAGAAAAAUACUGUCACAUUUCUCUCCUGCACGCGCGCAGAAAGAAAUUGGUGCAGCGUAAUAUCACUCUCACGUUGGGAAAUUGGAUGUCAUUUCCGGUGAAUUAGUUUGCUGCUGCACAGGAACCUGUGAUCGCAUUGCAUGAAAAUGAUGUUCGCCUAUUGAAAAAGUUCUUUUUUACUGCGUAUUCUCAAUGCAGUAGUGUAGCCAGGGGGAGGUUUCGGAGGCUCAAUUUUCAUCCCAAACUCGUGCCUUUGGCGAAUAGAAAAACGGGUGAAAUCCUCCUCCCACGUUAAGUUUCCGUAGAUCCCCAACAGUUCCUAGCUCGUUCUCGUAGUCCCCAGGUAUUUUUCUGGCUGCACUGCUGUCUCGAUUGCAAAGGGGCAGUAAAAAUCGGCGAUAUCAAAUAAUAACAUAGAAAAAAAAAAAUCAAAUCAAAAGUUGACGGGCGAUACGUGUAUCGUGAGUUUAUUUAUUUUUAUAUGAAAACUGAUUUGUUGACACAGUUCGGCAAAUCAAGUAUCUUCGUUCCCAGUUGACCUCAGUGCCCAAGUUUUCUGUCUGUCGUAGUAUUUAUGUAUCUGUCGAGCAUGUUGAACAUGCUCACGUAACGUUAUGUGCUCACGUUGCAUUACCACACGGCUCCAUGCUGUUUUUAAAAUGGUUUUAAAGCACUGACGGAGAAAAUAAUCAGUUGGAAUUGGACACAUAUAUACCCUAGUAUAAUGCUGUCCUAAUUCGUAACGGAUUGCGCCUCAAUCAUUUGCGAAUGACAUUCAAUUUCCUGUGUGACAGGGGUAUCGGGAUAUGUAAGACGUCUUCUUCACUGAGCCGUGAAAAGCUGAUGACCUGAAGUACCAGUUAUAUACCACAAGUAAAAAAAUCCAUCGAUGUAAAUGAAAUUAUAUAUUAUUUCACAGUAUGUGCUCCCAUGCAAUAGGUUACACUUUUGUGCCUCCACCUGUCAACAUCAAUUCCGUUUUAACACAGGUGAUGUCAUCGAGGAAGGAAACUGAUCUGAGGUGAACAUGUUGCAAGCAUGUCAGUGAAUGUUUUUUGUAGGACCAGGGCCCAGAUCAUGAGCUCACACAUAACAAGUGUUAACAUUAUUUAACACAUGUUAGCGUUAACAUGGCAGUGUGUGGAUGUUGUCUUUAUCGGUAGAGAUAGCAUCGUGAUUGGCCUUCACGCGGAGCUUGUUGCGAAUCGCACGGCAAUACUUGCUACACGUAUAAGGUCUGGGCCUAGACGUGCAGAAAGAACACUUACGUUGGCUGUCUUCUGCAUGUUUAAAAUGGGUCUGGUGAUUGUGCGCUAGGCGAUGGUAAAGGAGGUGGUGGAACCAAUGUGAUUAAUGCUUCGGAGCAACAUUCCAGCGUGCGAACAAAGAGGACUGCAUCGAAGAAUAAGCAGCGCUGUUACGUUAAACGUUUGAGGAAGCAAUUUGAUUGGGUGGAGGAUGCACAACUUAUGGCACAUCUUUCCAUCAGCAUUUUUGUUCCGAGAGCUGCAAUACGAUGAUUGAGGAAGAGAGGGUGCCAAGUUACGAACUUACUUUUUAGCCAGUGCGCUUUGCAAAUUUUACAAAGUUCCUUUUAGUGGUAUACCAAGUUGUGUGAAAUUAUGGGAGAGAUUUUCUUGAUAUCUCCACGUUUUAUUUUUUGCAUCGAGCAGGAAGGCAAACAACACUGGGGGAAAAAGCCGCAACUCCUCCGAGGGUGCUACGUUAGCCCUUAAGGGAGUAGAUGUGAUUGCAAGGGAUGCAUUUAUGUGGUGAUAUACGUAAUUUAUGUUCCGUGUAAAAAUUACAUUUCGAGGGAACAUUUUUAUCUAAACGAUGAACAAUCAACUCCAGCUUUGAUCUUCAGCUAUCUGGACUUCCUUAUAAACUUUGACACCUUGCAGGUGGCUUAUGUUGAGACAAAGGGCAUGCGCUUAAAACGGUUUACAGAUGCCAUAUCUAGGCCAGCAAAUUGUACAAGCAAUAUAAUCACCAUCUUCCCUACUUAUGCCAUAUAUUUACGAGAUUUUGUCGUACUGUGCCAACUUUGAAACCUCCAAAAAAAGUUCAGAGUCUCAAACAUGGGCAGAACUGCUGAAUGUUAGUGACACUUUGUCAGCAUCCACCACUCUGCAUCUCCACCUUGUGAUUUAAUUCAAGUUUGUCAAUACAUUUCGUGUGUAGUUCGGUUGUUCGAAAGUCUAGGGCACAAGAACUCUGGGGCAGAAAAUGCCAGUCUUCGAUCAUGCAUGUGAUGUAAGUGUGUUGCUCAAACAACAGUAUGGUACAGUAUUGGUUUUGCGAUACCCACUGUAUUAGAAGAUUCUCUACAUCUGUAAUGGAAGGACAAGCGUGUUGUGUCGAAGGUGUGAUUUGAUAGGACCACCUCUCUCAUUAUAGAGCAAUUCAGUGUCUAGCCUGUGUGGGGGAAAGGUACGCAGAUUUUACCAGACUAUGCUUUUAUCACAGACUAAGGGCAAGGUUAUUGUUAAAAGUUGCGUCCCUAAUAACCAAAGAUCUCAUGUUCUGAAGUAGGACCGCCCUGUUUUGUACCCGUGCGUGUUCUCACUGUACAUAAUGUUAUCCCGUGUAUAUAUAUAUAUAUACGUUUGUCGUGUCCAAACGAAUGUACAUUGCCCGCGUACAUGCCAGGGUACCGCAAGGCCAUAUUUUUGUCCGUGUUUUCCAGAGUGAGUGGUAGUGAGAGGUAAAACAUUGUUUUAGAGUAUUUUGGAACACUGUUUCACAGCACUGUGAUAUCGUGCACCGGCGGGGGCGGGACAGAAACCUGGGGCAACAUGCGCACAUCUCUGUGAUUGCACCCUCCUCAUGAUUGGGCUGUUCGGUAAUGGGGGAAAAAAAAGAGAAUUACUCCCAAAUUUUUCCCAGACAUAAAGGGGUAAACUUCACGAGUGAAUCCCAAAGAUCAUUCCCAGCAUGCAUCGUAAUGUAAGCAUAAAUGAUGUAAAAAAAAGUAAAGCUAUGCAGAUAUUCUGUUUUUUUAAAUAUUGGAGCAAAUAUACAUAUAUAUUCGAAUAGUUUUGAAGCAGCACCGUAAGCCCAAAAAUGCCAGAAAAGAUGUGAAAUGGAUGGAAUGCUUAAGAUCCGCAUGCAUAUGUAACGUAUAUGUGCAUGUGCCUUUUGCACAUGCAUUUGGUUUGGUUACAUGACAAUUAGAUUUAUAUUUGCUUCAGUUUUAAAAUUACUAUUUGCAUAGCCCUAAAAAAAAGACAGCAUUAGAUUUCACCGCAGUGAAGUAGCAUCGUGCACAACAGAGUAAAACACAACCUUCACUGUCCAACGUGUGUAUCAUCUAUCAUGAGCUGAGGAAGCUGAACCAAAAGGGUUCAGGGCAGGAAAAAGGCAUUACACAGAAGUUUAAGGACAAACUCGUAACAACUGUACCAUGGUCAGGGUUACACACCAUACACCCCACCAUAAUUACGACUUAAAUAUUAGAAGAUGCAACUUUAGAUCUCUUAACAAAUUUUUUUAUACAAGUACGUAGCUAUGCUUCUUGGUUAUGAUAUAGAUUUAGACUUAGAACUCUGUAACAUUCCAUGACCAUUUAAUCAUGUAGACCAUGUAGCUACUGCAUACAGGGAUGCACAUUAUACUCAAGGACCAAGCGAGAUGGUCAGUCACAAGCGUACGUAGAUGCAAACACCAUUAUGCCCGUACACGUUUCUAGAGGCAUACGUCACUGUAGGUAGGUGGGUAUACUUGUUCCAUUAACUGAUAUAAAUUACUGUUAGUUACAAAACCGUGUACCAUAGUACAAUGAUAUGAACUGGGUAUUACGGCUAGCGUAUGAAGCUCUAGUGCCUGGUUGCUCAACAAAACGACAUUCCACGCAAUAGUGCAAACGUCUCUUCUUUAAGAAACCAAUGUGUAAAACAACAUGGUCAUGUCAUAGGCCACGUGUUGCAAUGGCAAAUAUUUAGAGGUCCCAAUAUUCUCUUCGCGUGCUUCAUUUUAAUUGGAUUCACGGAGAGCAUCGCUUCCUUCUCGAGAUUGGAGUGCAUUCAGAAAGAGAGUAUCGUUUGCUAAAGUAUUCCUUGUCAUUCCUCUCUUAUGUGCGAUAAAGAGCUUGAGGCAACCCUGCGAACAGUACUGGGUUGCGUACACAGCCUGUGUCUAGGCCUCCUCAUAACGUGUGCAGCUUGCGUUAAUGUCGACCAUCAGAGUUUGUCUCGUCUGCGCUUAAGGGGAUCACAUCUAAGUGUUGACUACAGUGCCAAAUGACACUACUGUACAUACUCAUGUUUCACCCACGUGUUAACAACUGUAUGUAUGCUGUGAAAAUACUGAAUGUGGUGUUGUUGCACCAAAUUAUGACGAGUGAAGGCUGUCACAAGAAUCGUACACUUUCAUCAGCGUAUAUGUUGCUUUGUUUUUUAAGGCCAUUUUGGUUUGCAUUAUAUUCGAGGGUUCUGUUCUUUCUUGUCUGGGCAAAAUAUCAAACGCGUAAUUUAUAACUUGUUGCUACUUAUUCAGAAUGCCGUUAACUUGGGACGUGUCGGACCACAGACUAUAAAUGAAUAUAAAUAGUGUUAGUGAUUCGUAGUGCCUGUAGCAAGAUGCAGAAUGAAUUCACUGCCAGUAUGUAAACAAUGAAUUGGAGGUAUGAAUAAAGUAUUUUAUUUUGUA